UAGAAAGAAAAAAAAAAAGUUCUGUGGGUGGGGCCGGGCUUAUAAAACCAGUCUUCACCAUGUCUGAAUUCCAGCCACACUCAGAGGACCGUUCACUGCCAGAGAGCUCCUCAAAGAGUCAGGAGGUGUUGCUGCAGUCUCCAGAGGAUAACAAGGUAGCAGCUAUGGAUGACCUGUAUGUGGCAAAUACCAUCUUUGCGCUCAACAUUUUCAAGCAUCUGGCAAACAGCAGCUCUGGUCAGAAUCUCUUCUUCUCUCCAUGGAGCCUCUCCUCCACCAUGGCCAUGGUUUACCUAGGAGCCAGGGGCAACACCGCAGAGCAGAUGGCCAAGGUGCUUCAGUUCAACAGAAUUGGAGGCUAUGAAGCUUCCCCAGUGAGCCCACAGAACUUCACAGGCUGUGAAUUAAGGCAGCAGAUCCAGAGAGAUGACUAUCCUGAUGCAGUUUUGCAGGCUCAAGCUAGCAAUAAGAUCCAUUCAUAUUUCCAUUCCCUCAUCUCUGCAAUCAACACACAUACAGGAGAGUUUCUACUGAAAAGUGUCAAUCAGCUGUUUGGAGAGAAGUCUGCAAGAUUCAAAGAAGAAUACGUGAGGCUCUCUAAAAAAUAUUACUUGACACAACCCCAGGAAGUCAAUUUCCGAGAAUGUGCAGAAGAAGCCAGAAAAACAAUCAAUUCUUGGGUCAAUACAGAAACUAAAGGCAAAAUUCCAAGUUUGUUACCAGAAGGUUCUGUGGAUGAGGAUACCAAGAUGGUCCUGGUGAACGCUGUCCACUUUAAAGGAAAGUGGAAAACUUCAUUCCAGAAGAGAUCAAAUGGGUCUUAUCCUUUCCGUGUGAAUUUGGCUAAGCGUGUCCCCGUGCAGAUGAUGCGCUUGCUGGAGAAGCUGAAGCUUGGCUACAUAGCAGAUCUCAAGACUCAGAUCCUGGAACUUCCCUAUGCUGGUGAUGUCAGUAUGUUUCUGCUACUUCCAGAUGAAAUUACUGAGUCUUCUACUGGCUUGGAAUUGCUGGAAAGUCAACUAAACUAUGAAAAACUCAAUCAGUGGAUCAGUGAUGAUACCAUGUCUGAAAAGGAAGUUGAGGUAUACAUCCCUCAGUUCAAGUUAGAGGAGCAGUAUAAACUCCAAUCUGUCCUGAGGAACAUGGGCAUGGAAAACGCCUUCAGUGAGGACAAGGCCAACUUCUCAGGGAUGUCAGAAGGGAAUGACCUGUUUCUGUCGGAAGUGUUCCAUCAAGCCACCGUGGACGUGAAUGAGGAGGGCACAGAAGCAGCUGCUGGCAGUGGGGCUGUUAUGACGGGGAGAACAGGUCACGGAGGUCCCCGGGUUAUAGCAGACCACCCUUUCCUUUUUUUCAUAAUGCACAAAUUAACCCGGAACAUCCUCUUCUUUGGCAGAUUUGUUUCGCCCUAGUCAGGACUUUGUAGGAUGAACUACAGUCUCAGAAUUGCAACAAGUGUUAAAAUUUUGAAGAUGUUUUCUAUGUAUGUCUGUGCUUCUGAACAACUUCUACUAGAUACUGAGCAUUAAUAUAGAAAUGACUGGGUAACUGAUAACCGUAACAUUACACCCCUACUAAUCAUGUGACCUCUUAUCCACUCCUUAUUUUUACUUUAAUUUUAUAGCAUUAAAGUUGCUAUAUUAUUUAUUAUUUUAUAUACAGUUCUUAGCUGCUGCUGUCUAUUUAAUAUAAGUUCAGUGGUCGCAGAAGCAGAUUCUCAUUUAUUUAUCUACUUAUAAAAAUAUCUACUUACACUGACAAUGAAGGAUUCGGUGUUACUCUACACCUUCUGUAAUCAAAACCUAGAGAGAACAUUGGAAAACAGACAGAAUGUUAUGUGCAGAUGUUGUGUGCACUUCUGGAAUUCUGUAUCACAUAGCUGUGCUUGUAACUUGUCUAAAAUUUCAAAUGUAUAAUUAAUAAACUUAUUUCCAUACGA